AUGGAUUUGCACACUUCCUUAUUCGAUCUCUUUUCCCUCCAUUCCCCAGUCGAACAAAUCGAGCUCCCUCUUACGCUCGAGCAAAUCGACUCGGGUCUCCAAACCAACGUUUCCACUCUGAUCGAUUUUAUGACCCUCAGAUUCCCAUUCACAUCGAUGAACCUUGUCCUGCUUGCCACGGACAUGGAGCGCAACUCCGCACGUGUCCCCGCUGUGCAGGCUCUGGAGUUCUCAGUUCACCCUUCGGUUAUAUGCAGUUUCUCUCUCAUUUGGCUCCCAUGUAGCUGUCCGCGUUGCGGAGGCACUGGAGCCAUCGCAGAGGCAGUCUGUAGCGUUUGCCAUGGGAAUGGAAUGGUCCGGACGGAGGCAGAGCUGCCUGUGCGAAUUCCCGCGGGAGUGCCGAAUGGAUGGGGAGCAAUGAGCGAGACACGUGGUGUGCGCGUGCGCGUGCGCGUGAAGGAGAAAGAACACGAGCGAUUCAAGCGCAUGGGAAAUGAUGUGGUGUGGCGUGUGAAGUUGCCCUUAAAACAAGCGCUGUUGGGAACGCGGGUGGAGGUUGAAGACUUGAGAAAUCAAACUCAUACGGUGGUGCUGAAGGCGGGAAGCGUGCAGCCCUUCGGCGAGGUGCGGGUAAAAGGAGCUGGAAUUCGGAAGAUGGCGCAGUUCUCUGUGGAAGGCGUAUUGGAUAAGGCCUUGCGGAGGAGUGGAGAUUUGGUGAUUGUGACGGAGGUGGAGUUUCCCGAUCGCUUGACUGAGAAGCAGAGGGAAGCGAUUCAAAAGCUUUUUUAA